GCGAGCGAUCAAGUCUCGCUGCGGCGCCUCCUUCGUGCGCAAGCAUGACGGGGGCGCCUGGUUUAUCUGCGACGCGAGGGCUAGCAACAUGGGUCAUCGGCCUUCGCCUCACGCAGUUUUGGGAGGGGCUGCCUGCCUCUCUGAGAUCGACCUGAGCAGCUACGCGGCAUCGCUCGGCGGUGUUGUCGGGAUCUGCGAGCCUCACCUCUCCGGGGCCGACGUCAAGGACUGGGACCUGGACCUCCGCCGCGUCUGGGACGACUCCGUCGGCGGGUGGGCGCCUGCCGUCGCGGGGGAGCUGCUGCGCUCUUGCCUCCGCGCCCUGCCGAUGGGCUGGGCUUGGGCUCUCUACUUCGCCCAGGAGGUGGUGUCCAACCAGUUUCGGGCCUCGUGCCUGGAUGGAGACCGCCAGCUGCUUCGUGACAAGCGACCUGCCCCUCUGCUUCGACCUGGGAAACCUUUGUCCGCCAUGGGGGUAGAGGCGUUCCAGGAACAGGCUGCCGUCGCUGGGCUGGGGCUGCAUGCUGCGGACAUCACGGUGCAGGAGCUGGAGAGUCUGGGCCUGGCGCUGCGCGGCACGGCCCUGCUGAAGCGAGGCCGUGCGAGCGGACCCGAGCUACGCACCUGGGCUGGACGCGCCGUGGCGAUGCUGGGCCUGCAGCCGGUUCUGUCCUCGAUCUUGCAGGAGGUGCGCCACUUCAUCGGGGGCGGCUCGCGGCGCCGUGCAGCGCCGAAACCGCUGGCGAGGGACGAGCUGCACGUGGCUGCGAUCGCCUGCUUCCUGACCGAGGUCGUCGACCUGGACGCGCCGCUGUCCGACGAGGUUCACGCGUCGGACUCCUCGUCGGGCGGGUUCGGCCUGAUGCGCGGGCGGAAGCCGCUGCUCGCCGCGCGGGGCACCCGCCGCUGGCGGGAGCGCUGGCGCUUCGUGGAAGUCGAGCCAGACGCCGACACCAGCGUCUACACCGCGGCGUACCUCAACCAGCUCCGAGGCGUCACCGACGGCUUCGGUUCCACGCUGGCUAAGGGGGCUGCGAAGUACGCUGACUUUGGCGCUCGCGCCUGCGGCCCUGCUGGCGCCUUGCGCGAGACGGAGCUGGGGCAGCUCAUGUUCCGCCGUGUUGGCGCGGCCCGGGGCCAGCGAGGGCGCUGGGUUGGGCGGCCAGGGCAGAGGCGCGAUGUCGAGCUCUUGAACGCGGCGCCUGCCCUGCCCACCGCGCUCGCUGACGCGGCUGGUUGGACCGCAGCCGUGGAGGGUCGCUAA